GUCGAUGACGUACGCAGCCCCUGUCGAAGUUGAACGCAGCAUCCGAGCUAACCAGCGGACAACCUCGGCUACAUCCCACCACUAUUUAUUAGAGCAUCACCCCCAGAAAAUAACGAAAUAAAAGAUAAGAUGGCCACCUCCUCCUCCUCCACUCUGGAUGAAGACGAGAGUUUGAAGGGCUGUGAGGUUUUUGUGCAGAAGCACAACAUCCAGCAGAUCCUCAAAGAGUGCAUUGUGAACCUCUGCAUCGCUAAGCCUGAGCGUCCUAUGAAGUUCCUGCGUGAGCAUUUUGAAAAGCUGGAGAAGGAAGAAUGCAAGCAGAUCAUGGCGCGCCAAAAAUCUAACAGCCAGUCAGACUCGCACGACGAUGAGGUCUCUCCUCCGCCACCUAACCCGGUUGUCAAAGCCCGCUGUCGCCGCGGAGGGGUCAGCGCUGAGGUCUACACCGAAGAGGAUGCCGUCAGUUACGUGCGCAAGGUGAUCCCAAAGGACUACAAGACCAUGACCGCCUUGGCGAAGGCCAUCUCCAAGAAUGUUCUGUUUGCUCACCUGGACGACAAUGAGAGGAGCGACAUAUUUGAUGCCAUGUUCCCCGUCACCCACAUCGCUGGGGAAACAGUGAUCAAGCAAGGUAAUGAAGGGGACAACUUCUAUGUGAUUGACCAAGGUGAAGUGGACGUGUAUGUGAAUGGAGAAUGGGUAACCAAUAUUGGAGAAGGCGGUAGUUUCGGUGAGCUGGCCCUUAUCUACGGGACUCCCAGAGCUGCCACGGUGAAGGCCAAGACGGAUCUGAAGCUAUGGGGGAUCGACCGGGACAGCUACCGUCGCAUCCUUAUGGGCAGCACUCUAAGGAAGAGAAAGAUGUAUGAAGAGUUCCUCAGCAAGGUAUCCAUCCUUGAGUCUUUGGAUAAAUGGGAGCGUCUGACUGUCGCUGAUGCUUUGGAACCAGUCCAGUUUGAAGACGGUGAGAAGAUCGUGGUGCAAGGCGAACCUGGUGACGACUUCUUUAUCAUCACAGAGGGAAUAGCCUCUGUUUUGCAGCGCAGGUCCGACAAUGAAGAGUAUGUGGAAGUCGGACGCCUCGGACCAUCUGACUACUUUGGAGAAAUUGCCCUGCUGCUGAACCGUCCGAGGGCCGCCACCGUGGUCGCUCGCGGUCCCCUCAAGUGCGUGAAGCUGGACAGGCCUCGCUUCGAGCGCGUGCUGGGGCCCUGCUCCGAGAUCCUCAAGAGGAACAUCCAGAGAUACAACAGCUUCAUCUCUCUCACUGUUUGACAUGUUCAAAAAAGGCGAUCCGGGGUGUGGGUGGGAGGGGGGGUGCACCAGCAGGGGUGGUCAACACAACUUUGUGUUGGGGGUAGGGGGGUUUGCGAGGAUGGGUUUUACAUUUCCAAUGACAGGGUGCUCAAUUCCGGCCUCUCUUUUUCUUUUCUUUUUGCAUCUUCUUUGAUCUUGUGCACUUUUCGAUUUGACCUGUGCUGUCACGUAGCUUUACGUCAGGAACAACACAAAGAAAAAAAAAGCCACUCUGUCUUGUAAAUGAUUCAUACGCGGUGUGCCAGCUGCGUGUGAUGCAUGCCUCUCCCCAGCACAGAACGACGGCAUUUUGCACUGUUCAUGCGUUUUUAUGAAGGAGGAUGUUUACGUACAGCGGGACGAGAGAGUGCACGUUUCUUUUGCUUGCUUAAAUGCGGUUUGCCUAUUUAUUCAUCUUUUAAAUCAGAUUUUUUGGGGUGAUGUGGUUGUCAUGAGUUCGCUUCAGGCCUGCACGACAGACAGUUCCAUUAAUGCAGGUAUGAAAAAUAGAUCCGUUUCUAGUGCUAUUUAAGUGUACCGUUACCGUAAGGUUUAGUUCAUUUGUGGCAGACGUAUUCUCUUGUGGUUGCGCUUCGGAAUAUGUGUGUUUGGCCCGCGAACACACAAUAAAAAUAAAAAAAAACACACAUACACCGUCUCAGGAUUUUCCAACGUGCACAUCUUACUUUACCUUCGCUUGUUCCUUUUUUUGCUUGCUAAAAAGCUUUUGCACCAUUUUUGCUAGUAAUGUUGAGUGACUGCAGCAGUUUGACUCCACUGUUUUAACACAUUUGCGUGCUUAAAAGAAAGAGGUACCAAAAUCUAUAUAUAUAUAUAUAUAUAUCUAUAUGCUUUCCUUUUACCUUGUCUCAUCCAAGCAGUUGAUGCAAUGAUGUGAAAUGAAAACCCGUUUUCUGUAGCGAUUCCUUUCAACAAUCGAAGCAUCCCAAGCAAAUAAUAAAAAGGUUACGCCUCUAAA